AAGAUGGAGGAAGGAUGGCACUUGGAUGCGUUCGAUGACGGUUCUCUGAAAAUCGUCGGUGAAGCGCAGUUGAGGAAGUAUGGCCAAUUUUUGGAGGAAUACGCGUCACAAUUGAAAGCUAUCGAGAAUGCUCUGGACGAUUCUGUUGGAGAUUCUUGGGACUUUAGCCUGGAUCCAAUCGCUCUGCAAACUUUGCCAUACGAGCAGUCCAGAUUAUUGGAGCUCAUCAAGACAGACAACAAGGUUUUCAACAAAGUAGUCAUGGUAUUCGCUUCCUUGUGCCGGGAAAUGGACCAGCUGAAACAUGAGGCCACUACAAAGUUCUACACUCCUCUGCUACUCUAUGAAGAAGCUGGUGGUGUGGCAUAUUGGAAUUAUGAACUGAAUGAUCAAAUGAAAGCUUCAUCAAUCAUGGCAAAGAGAACAUGUAGGCAAAGUCCUCGGGUUUUUAGCUUUGCCCGUUAUGAUCCAUCCUUGUCUUUCUCCACUGAACACUGGUAUGACAUCUGGCCUGCAAAACAACUGGAACCACUCAAGAAGAAGCAGAUAGUUUUACAGGUAAAUGAUUCAUGCUACUGCCACAGAGCUGCAGUCGUAACAGUAAAAAUAGUUGAUUCCAUAAGGGACGUAGAUAAACUAUACUUUGGUAAUUUUUUGCCUUUAAUCUCAGGUGAACCCCAUGAAGUCGAUCAGCGACAGAAACUUGUUGGUCUUCUUGGAUUGUUUAUCCUGCACUUUCAGCUUUACAGAGGAAUCGACAAAAAGUUCUUCAGCAAGUUGUGGGAUAUCCACAAAAAAGUGAGGCAUACAAUAAAUAAACUUUUGAUCUUAAUUCAGGAGCUGUUAGUAUGUUUCCAAUCAAGACAACUUUUUUGUGGCUAUCAUGAUUGUUUAGAUUUUUUACUAUUUAAUCGUCUUUGGCUAUCUAGAGAUGCACAGCUUUACCAGAUGCAGGUCAGCUCAUGGAUGGUCCACAUGGAGUCAGCUCUGACCAAGGGAGGUUCCUUGGUGGAUGACCUCAAUGCACGCUGUGUCCUCUUUAUAAAGGGUGUCCUUAUUGCACACACUGUGAGUCACUUGGUGCGCACUAUCAUGAACAUGCAUCUGGUACUGUCCAAACCGCUGACCAAGGCUGCUGUGUUGGCCCUGUGCAGGCUCACGGAACUUCUCAAGGUGAGCGUUCGUAAGUUGUGUUUGAUUUUCAUACAGAGAUCAUUUAGGGACGAUGAGAUGGCCAGUUUAACCAGUGUGAUGAAACGAAUAAAUCUCAUCAGUGAUCUGAGAGGAAGAGUCAGGAAAGCGUGUGAUUGCAGCUUCAUUCACUGGCACAGGGAGGUGGUGUUUCCAAUUUAUUUGGAUGAUCUGUAUGACAGUGCUACAGAUGUUCAUCGAAUUCAUUACAUGAUUGCCGCUUUAGGAGACUGUGUUCCAGUCCUCCAGCAAGUGAAGCACGAGCCGUCGCCGCAGGUUAUGCUGGACUUGUUUGAGAAAGAAAUUGGUGACACGCUAAAUGAACACUUGCUUCAACCAUUGUGCCGUGACAUUGAAACAGAUCUACGACUUCACAUUCAUCAGCAUUUGCAGCUAGAUGACAGAAAUCCUUUCAAGGUUGGAAUGAAAGAUCUCUCUCAAUUUUUGAAAAUAAGGCCAAUCCGAUUCUUCCAUCAGUUUGUGAACAUUAAACAACACGUGACGCAUUACCUGGACACGACGUUUUACAACUUGACCACAGUAGCUCUUCAUGACUGGAGGACGUAUGGUGAGAUGAGAAACCAAGCGAGUCAGAAAUACGGCCUGGAAAUGACUGAAGCACAUUUACCCAGUCAGACACUUGAACAGGGUCUGGACGUGUUGGAGAUUAUGCGCAACAUUCACGUAUUUGUUUCUCGAUAUCUUUACAACCUCAAUAAUCAGAUUUUCGUUGAACUGGCGUCAAACAACAAACAUUUGAACACCAUCAACAUCCGUCACAUCGCCAACUCCAUUCGAACACACGGCUCUGGAAUCAUGAACACCACCGUCAACUUCACUUACCAAUUUCUGCGCAAGAAGUUCUUCAUCUUUUCACAGUUUCUGUACGAUGAGCACAUCAAGGCAAGGCUCAUCAAGGAUAUUCGUUUCUUCAAGGAAACAAAGGAACAGUCUGAUCAGAAAUACCCAUUUGAGCGGGCAGAGAAAUUCAACAAAGGAAUCCGCAAACUUGGUUUGACUCCUGACGGACACACGUACCUGGAUCAGUUCAGAGUGUUGAUUAGCCAAAUAGGGAACGCCAUGGGGUACAUUCGUAUGAUUCGCUCUGGAGGACUGCACUGCUGUAGUAAUGCCAUCAGGUUCGUUCCUGAUCUUGAGGACAUUGUGUCGUUUGAGGAACUGGUAACAGAAGAAAAUUUAUCAGAGGAAUCGAAACAGGCUUCCAAGAUCUUGGAUGCUGCAAUAAACGACUUGGCAAAGAAUUUUGCUGGUGCAACGGAAUAUUUCAAGCUUCUUGUCGACGUGUUUGCACCCGAGUUCAGAGGGAGCAAAAACAUGCAUCUGAGAAACUUCUAUGUCAUCGUCCCUCCCUUGACACUCAACUUCGUGGAGUACAUGUUAAGUUGCAAGGAAAAGCUCAACAAGAAAAACAAAAUCGGAGCAGCGUUCACUGAUGACGGCUUUGUGAUGGGUGUGGCGUACAUUUUAAAGUUGCUUGACCAAUAUCAGGAAUUCGACUCCCUUCACUGGUUCCAGUCUGUACAGGACAAGUAUGCCAAAGAAAAGGCUGAUGUAAUGGCUUCACUGAAUCGUGGGACCGUGCGAGACGAGAAACUGCAGCAAACGAUGAAUUUAACUAUGAAGCGACUGAAUACAUAUCAGCAGGAGUUUGAGCUGGUGUACUUCUCGCUAAACAGUGCCAGAAUCUUCUUCCGAGCGGACAAAACCGCUGAUGAAGAAAAGGAGGAAAAAGAAAACAAGGAAACCUCUUCGGAAGGUAAAAAAAUUAUGACG